UAUCGCUCACAGAUUAGUAGAGGAGUGACGCAGCACGCCAUCAAUAAACAAUCUCUGCAGGACCAACCCGCCUUGUGUUUCCUUCUUUCCAGGAGCUCGUCGAGGUCUUUGGAUAAACGGAUAAUCUCCCAAGCAUAAAGCAACCCGUGCGAGUGUUCACGUUUUGAGCUGCACAAUGCAGAGACUGCAACUUUUGAAGGACACGUUCUUUGGGCUGGAUGUUGCACAACAGCAGCUUAUUAUUGGGUGUGCUGUGGCAGCAGCUGCAGCAGGUGGAAUCCUGACCUAUGCAAUGCAGAGAAGCAGCAAAAUGAGAUCUAUCCCUCUUGGUGAGGGAUGGUGGGGAGCAGGCGAAAAACCACUCUUAGAGGAUCAAAAAAUAUACCCCUUUACAGUGGAAACGUCGGAUGAAGAGAUUGAGGAUCUCCAUGAACGCAUUGACAAAACCCGGUUCACUGACCCUUUAGAGGAUAGUGGCUUCCAGUAUGGCUUCAAUUCCACUUAUCUUAAGAAGGUGAUUUCUUAUUGGAGAAAUACGUUCGACUGGAAAAAGCAAGUGGCAAUGCUGAACAAGUAUCCGCACUUCAAAACCAAAAUAGAAGGACUGGACGUGCACUUCAUCCAUGUGCGCCCACUACAGAGUGGGGACCAGAGAGCUCUGCCGCUCAUGCUUGUUCACGGCUGGCCUGGCUCCUUCUAUGAGUUCUACAAGAUUCUUCCACUUCUCACACAGAACCACAACGGAUUUGCGUUUGAGGUUGUAAUCCCCUCCAUACCUGGCUACGGCUUCUCAGAAGCCCCUCAUAAGAAAGGAUUUAACAGUCUGGCUGCUGCUCGGAUUUUCCUCACACUCAUGGAGCGCCUGGGCUUCUCCCAGUUCUACCUACAAGGAGGAGACUGGGGCUCGCUCAUCACCACUAACAUGGCUCAGAUGAGGCCUGACUGUGUUAAAGGGCUCCACCUAAACAUGUGCAUGUCAAAUAGGGGUUUCAAAGUGUUACUCUCCAUAAUCAUCGGCCCUUACCUUCCCUUCCUGGUCGGCUUUAGCCAGGAAGACGUUCGCAGGUUGUUCCCUUUCUUUCAGAAGAAUGUGUGGCAGAUGCUGGAGGAAUCUGGCUACCUUCACAUUCAGGCAACUAAACCUGACACAGCCGGACGUGGACUGAAUGACUCGCCUGUAGGCCUGGCGGCCUACAUUCUGGAAAAGUUCUCCAGCUGGACUCACAUGAAGAACAGAGAUCUGGAGGAUGGUGGGCUGGAGAGAAAAUUCAGCCUGGAUGAUCUUUUGACGAAUGUCAUGAUCUACUGGACCACAGGCUCAAUCAUCUCCUCCAUGCGGUUCUACAAAGAGAACUUUAGCAGCAACCCUAAUAACAGGAUUGACGCUAAGACAGGGAUAUUUGUGCCCACUGGACUGGCUGCUUUCCCCCAGGAGAUCCUGCACUGCCCCAAAUCCUGGGCACAGAUCCGGUACCAGAACAUCGUCUCCUACACCUUCAUGCCCCGAGGCGGACAUUUCCCCGCCUUGGAGGAGCCCCGGCUCCUGGCCAACGAUGUCAUCCAGUUUGCCAAAGCAAUAGAAAAUCUCUGAACCGCUGAAUGUAUUCUAAAACAGUUGUAUGGUUUUUAUUACAAUCAACAUAUUAACCUCCACAAAUACAGAAGACUGAUUUUUUUUUUUCUUCCAUACAACAAUUUGCUUGUUACAAUUAAAAUUGCUAAUGGUUCAGUACAUGUAAACAUGCUUACACACAUUCAGAUUUCCCUCAGAAUGUAAAGAAAGCAAUAAACCUUUCAAGUUAUGUUCAGUAAAAGUAUAUUGCACUAA